CAGUCUAGCAGCUGACUCGUUCAGUGACAGUGAUUUGAUUGACGGGUGCAAGCGGACGAACAAUGCGUGGGGUCUCAUGCCAGCCCACGGCAUAGCAUCGUUUGUGCGUCCAGCGUAUAUAAUGAAGGGCCAAUUGAAGUCUACAGGCUUCGGGUGGCCGCGAAUCAGCUUCCCACAGUGGCUGGGCAACUAUUCAAAGACCGGCAAGUACGCACGCCAACUACGCGAACUUCAGGUGCACACACGGCUGCACGGAUACAGCGACGCCGCUGAGCUCAACAAGUGGUACGUCCCUGCACUCAGUCAGGCCAUUACCACCCCACUGGUCAACGAAGGCACAGACGGCGUAGAGCAUGUGGUGGAUAUCAUGAAGGAGUACACACUACUGCGCGAGGAUUGGGACAACAUACAGGACCUGUGCACAUUCAAGGGCAUCACCCAACCCCCCAAGAUAGAGACUAAGGCGAAAUCGGCCUUUACCCGAGCGUACAAGAACGCGGGCAUUCUGUUGCCCUACGCCGAGCGACUGGACAAGCCGAGACGAACGGCGGCUUCUAAUGGAUCAGCGGGCGCAGAAGCACUAGUGGGUGGAGAUGAGGGCGGCAUAGCACAGGAUGUGGUGGAACUCGACGAUGAAGAGGAUGACGAUGACAGCGUUGUGCUAAAACAGAAAAAACCUUCUGCCAAAGGGAAAGGCAAGGCAACCGCAAAGAAGCCUGUUGCCAAGAAAGGCAAGGGAAAGCUCUGAAGGAUGUCACUGCAACUUGAGGAAGAAGCCACUACUCGACUUCACGAAUAUUGGCUAACAGUACAUCUCGAAAUAAAGGCAAAUGCCAAUUAGAACG